CUCCACGCCUCAUCACCUCCCCAGCAUGCCAAUUCCCUAACUCACCAAACACAACCACUACUUCCCUUACGACAGCCACAAUGGUCCAACCCGCACCCACCUCCGCACCAGCAUCAGCGCCAUCCCCGCCAUCCUCCCCCUCUCCCUCCCCCGAACCCCCGACCUGGCGACCCUACCGACCACCACCAGGCCAAACCACCACCUCCAACAACAACAACAACAACAACAUCAACAUCGACCAAGAACCCCCGCUCGACCCCUCCAUUCUCCCCACUGGCAGCAAAUCCCUCUCGGGCAUCUCCCUCCGAGCCUUCCUCAUCGGCACCACCUUCGGCCUCACCACCGCCCUAACCCUCCUCACCACCACCAGCAACCCCCUAUACACCCCCCUCUGGCGCAUCCCCUUCUUCCUCUCCAGCCUCUCCCUCUUCCACUUCCUCGAAUACUACAUCACCGCAGCCUACAACACCCGCUUCGCCACCACCUCCGCCUACCUCCUCUCCUCCAACGGCUGGACCUACCACAUCGCCCACGCCUCCGCCAUCACAGAAUGUCUCCUAACCAACUACUUCUCCCCGACUCCCCUCGUCCUUACCCCCCGUCUCAUAACCGCCCAAGUCACCCUCGGUCUUAUCCUUAUGAUCGUCGGCCAAACCGUCCGGAGCGUCGCCAUGGCCCAGGCGGGAAGUAACUUCAACCAUACAGUGCAGGUUAAACGGCGCGAGGGUCAUAUUCUCGUUACGGGUGGGCUGUACUCUGUGUUCAGACAUCCGAGUUACUUUGGGUUCUUUUGGUGGGGGUUGGGCACCCAGUUGGUUUUGGGGAAUGUGUUUUGCUUGGGGGCGUAUGCGCUCGUUCUCUGGAGGUUUUUUGCAAGUAGGAUUGAUCGGGAGGAAAGGUUUCUGGUUGCAUUCUUUGGAAAGGAGUAUGAGGACUAUAGGAAGAGGAGUUGGGUUGGGAUUCCUGGGAUCCAUUGAUCUGCUUGUCUUGGUUUAUUGGUAAAUCAUGGAAUAUGGGGUUGUUUAUGGUGGUCAUAAUGGCAUAAUAU